GAGAAAGUAGAAGAGAGGUCAUGGCAAUUGAGCACUGGCGCCAAAUACUUAUGCUCCUUUUCAUUUCCCUUGUGUUCAUUGGCGCGGUGAAUGCUGAAUUUCUGCGCUUCAAACACCAAAACUCUCCCAUAAAAGAACAAUGUGACAUUUUUCGCGGAAAAUGGAUAUCGGACCCUUUGAAUCCGCCAUAUACCGAAAACUGCAACUCCAUGGACUAUUAUCUGAAUUGCUUGAAAAAUGGUCGGCCUAAUAGAGAGUACCUUCACUGGAGAUGGAAACCAUACGACUGUGAUUUGCCUCAUUUUGAUUCGGAGAUUUUUUCGGAUAUGAUGAAAGAUAAAUCCUUUGCAUUCGUUGGCGACUCGCUCGCUCGCAAUCAGAUGGAGUCACUGAUGUGUCUGCUCUCCAAGGUUGAGGACCCGCAGCUGGUGUAUCAAGACGCGACGAUACCACGCACCAGAACUUGGUAUUUUCCGUCCUUCAACUUCAGUCUCGCUUCCAUUUGGUCUCCUUUUCUUGUGCAACCUGAUAGUCCUAUAGUAGAUGUCCUCUCAAGGCAGCCCAUACGGCUGCAUCUCGACAAUGUUGACAGCAGUUGGGCGAGUCGAUACCAUGAAUUCGACUAUUUACUAGUUGGUGUCGGAGCUUGGUUUGAUCAUCGUACCAUUAUUAUGGAGAACAACUCCGUUGUUGGUUGUCACGAUUGUAAAUACGAGCGUAUGCCUGAAAUUGGGACGCCUUACAUUUACCACAAAGCUGCAGAGCUAGCUUUCAACUUCAUGAUCGCGUCUGAGCACAAACCAUUCGUAAUGUAUAGAACUCACACUCCGAAUCACUUUGAAAAUGGUCGUUGGGAUCAGCACGGGAAUUGCAAUAGAACAAUGCCGUUUAAAGAAGGCGAGUUCGAGGGUGACGAGCGAGAUCGAGAGCUUCUAUCCAUAGGUAGAGAGGAUUUUACGAAGGCAGCGAACAGCGCUGAAGGUUGUGAGAACUUGAGACUGUUGGAUAUUUUCCAUCUCUCUGUGCUUCGACCAGAUGGGCAUCCAGAUAAGUACAGAGGGCUUGAAGGGCUCCCAAAUGACUGCCUGCAUUGGUGCAUGCCCGGUCCGAUCGAUGCUUGGAAUGAUCUGAUGAUGGAGAUGAUACUCAGGCGCCGUGAAGAGCUCGAACAUGGUUAUUGAGGAGGCGCGCAACCCUCGAUAUAUAUUUUCAAAUGUAUUGGGCAAAAACUAGCAAAUAAUUUCUUUUCUUA